AUGACUAAAAUUAAAAAGAUUUACCAUACAAAUGUUGUCAAGUACGUGGAGGAACAGAAACUCAGUGGUGGUGAGGAUAUGUAUGACCAGCAGGGAUGGCUUCUCGUGGCCAAGCCCUGUCCACCACCGGGCCUUGUGAUCCGAGGGGACAGCCAGCACCGAGCGGGCUGCUCACCCGUGUCCUUGCUCCCUAGCUCGCUUCCAUCAUUCAGAACAUCGGGGGUCCCAAGGCAGGGGUGCAACUCCGGUCACCAACGUCCUAGCAGCUCCACUCUGGGCACCCACGCGCCUGCCAGGGCCCACCUGGCCCUCGACCUGGAGGCCUUCCGGUGGCCGGCCGCGUACCACGCCAAUCAUCUGUGGGAGCAGCUGCGGCAGUUCUGGGCCGACCACUUCUCGCGGCGCUUCUCGCCGCGGCGCCCGCCACUGCGCCGCAUCUCCUCCAUGUCCACCUUCUACCUCCUGGAGCACAGCGCGCGCCAGGCCGAGCUGGGCCUCAGCUACGACGCGCCGCGCACGCGCCUGGACGAUCGGGCGUUCGUGUUCCGCAGCGGCCGCUGGGCCGCGGAGGGCCAGCCGGGGCGCUCCAGGACGCCGUCGCGCCCGCUGACCGGCCCGGGCGGGAAGGCGCAGGUGCCGCGCGUCCGCAGCCAGGAGUUGCUGGAAGAGAACAACUACCUGCGGCUGCAACAGCAGGUGCUCAUGGACAUGCUGACCGAGGCCACGGCGCGCACACAACUGCUGGAGGCGGCGCUGGACCGCGGGGCCUACUCAGCGGCCCCGGCGCGCGUUUGGCAGGCGCGCAUGCGUGGGCGGCGCGCUCGCGUAGCAGACCCCGUGACGCAAUAAAUCCAUGCGGCGCACGCGCGCCUCCCUCCUCCCAGUGGUCUUGGCCCGAUCUGGGACUCCUCGAGAUUUCGGGAGGGCUGCGCUCCCACGAAGUCGAUCUCCCGCUGCCCGGUGUGGGCCGGUGACUUGGACGACAGCCAGUCUUGGGAGGGGGCGAUAGGGCCGUGGAGGAGGAUUGUGCGUGACCCUUUGGGAGCGCGCAGUGGGUGUCAGGCUUGUAGCGGGCAGUGCGGCAGUGUGGGAGGCAGGGUGAAUGGGGUGGCAGGCGAUGACAUUCUUGGCCUUGGGGACGCAGGGCGAAGUCUGGGAACCUGGGGCGCUCAGGGGUGGAGGGUGCGGUGAGGCGGUCGGUGCCGGGCGAGGUCGCGGACCUUGCACUUGGCCGUCCAGCGGAAGGGAUUUCAGUUUGAGUCCGGGAUAGGUGUAUUUUACGACCAGAAAGCUGUUCCAGGAAAGCAGCUGUCUGGAAACUUGGGGCUCUGCUUUCCCCACCUGGCUGUUUGGUUUUUGGCGAGUCGCUUCUCUGCUGCAGGCCUCCUUUUCUUUUCCUUGGAAUACACGCACUCUCCGGGGAUAAUCUUGUACACAGAUAGGAUUUGCCCAACCCGCGUUG